AUGGGUUGCACAGGUGGGGGCAGAAUUUGUCACCUUAGCCUGUCUUACAAAGAGUUCACUCCUGGGUAUGAAGAGACUCACAUGCCUUUGUUUCCUCUAUGGUCACAGCCCAAAGACAGGAAGAAAGAAGACAAGAAUGACCAGGCAGGAGUCAUGCUGCUUUUGAUGUUGAUGCUCUUCUGCCUUCUGGCUCCAACUACAGUGAAGAGGCUGCAAACCAUGUGUGUGUUCAGGGAUUAUAUCGACCUAGAUGAAAGCUACUAUAGGCCUGGCGAUCUCAUUGUUGGUGGGAAUUUGCCCUUGGGAACUAUUUUAAAGACUGUUCUACUAGACUUUAAUUCACUGAAUCCAAUUCUACGGAAUACAUUCAUCACCAGUUACUACCAGCAGUUCCUUGCAUUGAUGUUUGCUGUCUCCCAGGUCAAUAAAGAUUUUCUCUUGCUCCCCAACAUCACCCUUGGCUUCCACAUCUAUGGCCAUUUCCAGAGGGAGAUAUAUAUUUCCUUAAACAGCCUCUCCAUGCUCUCUUCACGAGGCCAAGUGGUUCCAGGUUACAAAUGUGACCUGCAGGACACUCUGCUGUCCAUCAUUGGUGAUCUCAGUGCCAAGUCCUCAAGGCUGAUGGCCCCCAUCUUCAGCAUCUUUAAGGUCCCACAGAUUCUUCCCUAUUUGAGCAAAAUGCAGUUCAACAACAGUGCUGGAGAUGAAGUCUCCUUCUCAGAAGGUGGACUGGGAUCUGCUCGUUAUGAUCUUCUCAAUUGGCUUUUCCUUCCAAAUCGAUCUUUUCUCCCCAUGAAGGUUGGGCAAGUAAAUCCUGAGGCUCCCCAAGGCCAGGAUUUCACCAUUAACUCUGAUAGAAUCUUCUGGGCUACAAAGGAGGUGCCCUUUGCUAGGUGUGGCAUGAAGAGGUGCCUUGCAGGAGAGAGGAGGAGAGUUCCUGAGGGCAAGCCGGUUUGCUGCUACCACUGUGAUGCUUGUCCAGAAGGGACCAUUUCUAAUCAGACAGAUGCAGCUUCCUGUAAUCCCUGCCCAGAAGAUCAAUAUCCCAACAAGGACAAGGACCAAUGCAUUGCCAAGAAGCUCCACUUCCUUCCCUAUCAAGACACCCUGGGAUACGUCUUAGUUUUUCUUGCUCUUUUUUUCUCUGUGAUCACUUCUGCAGUCCUGGUGAUUUUCUAUAAACAUCAUGACACACCAAUUGUCAAAGCCAACAACCGAGAUCUCACCUACAUCCUCCUGGUCUCUUUAUUGCUCUGCUUCCUUUGCUCCUUCCUCUUCAUUGGUCAACCUGGGAAGGUCACCUGUUUCUUUCAACAAUCUGCCUUUGCUAUUCUCUUUUCCCUCGCAGUUUCCUCUGUGUUGGCAAAAACUGUUAUAGUGGUUCUGGCCUUCAUGGCCACCAAGCCAGGAAACAGGACAAGGAAACUCUUAGGAAAACCACUGACCAACUCCAUUGUCAUAGCUUGUCCCCUGGUCCAAGCACUUAUUUGUGCCACCUGGCUGGGAACCUCUCCCCCAUAUCCCAGCUGGGAUUUCCAUUCCGUGUUUGGAGAAAUCAUCUUGGAAUGCAAGGAAGGCUCAGCUUUAAUGUUUUACACUGUCCUAGCCUACCUAGGUUUUUUGGCCUUUGUCAGUUUCACGGUGGCAUUUCUAGCUAGGAAAUUGCCCGACAACUUCAAUGAAGCCAAGUUCAUUACUUUUAGUAUGCUGGUCUUUUGCAGUGUUUGGAUCUCCUUCCUCCCCACCUACCUGAGCACCAAAGGGAAGUCCAUGGUGGCUGUGGAGAUCUUCUCCAUUUUGGCCUCUGGGGCUGCUCUUUUGGCUUGUAUCUUUUUCCCCAAAUGCUACAUUAUUCUGAUGAGGCCAGAACUGAAUUGUAGAGAAAAUAUAGUAAGAAAGAAAAAUUUCUAA